UGGAGCUUAGAUUAACAUGGCUGCGGAAUUGGUUGGAGGAGCUGUUCUGUCUGCAUUCCUACAGGUGUUGUUCCACAGAAUGACUUCACGUCAGGUUGUGGGCUACAUCCAAGGAAAGAAACUCAACGACAGGCUGCUGAAGAAGUUGAAGAUCACGUUGUUGUCCGUCAAUGCAGUGAUCAAUGACGCGGAGGAGAAACAAUUCAGGGACACCUUAGUGAAAGAGUGGCUACUCGAACUUAAAGAUGCUGUGUAUGAUGCAGAGGACCUCUGGGAUGAGAUCGCCACUGAAGCUUUGAAAUGCCAGCAGCCUAAUGCUAAUUCCGGAGGCACCUUAAAUCAGAUAAGACCCAAGAUAGAAGAGGUCCUCGACAGAUUAGAGUUCAUUGCAAAACAAAAGGAUGUCCUUGGCCUCAAACAUGGUGUUGGAGAGAAGUCCUGGAAAAUGUCAACAACAUCUCUGGUGGAAGAAUCUCAUGUGUAUGGAAGGGAUGAAGAUCGGGAGGCCAUUAUCAACUUGUUGCUGUCGGAUGAUGUCAAUAGCAACAAUAUUUGUGUGAUUCCAAUAGUGGGAAUGGCCGGGAUAGGCAAGACCACCCUUGCUCAAGUUGUAUACAACGACGUUAAAGUGAAGGAGAACUUCGAGUUUGCAGCAUGGAUUUGCGUCUCCGAGGAGUUUGAUGUUUCCAGGAUAACAAAAACAAUCCUUGAGGCAGUCACUUCAGUUUGUUGUGAUUUCAAGGAUCUGAAUUUGCUUCAACUUAAACUCAAAGAGGAGCUGUCAGGGAAGAAGUUUUUACUGGUUUUGGAUGAUGUUUGGAAUGAGAGUUAUUACAAUUGGGAGGCCUUGAGGAGAGCUUUCACCUCAGGGACACAAGGAAGUAAAAUCAUUGUGACCACACGCAAUGAAAGUGUUGCCUCUGUUAUGCGCACUGUUCCAAAUCAUCAUCUGAAUCAAUUGACAGAUGAAGACUGCUGGCUACUAUUUGCAAAAUAUGCAUUUCCGAAUGGAAACUCUGAUGCAAAUCCAAUCCUAGAAAGAAUUGGUAGAGACAUCGUGAAAAGAUGCCAAGGCUUACCAUUAGCAGCAAAGACGCUUGGGUGUCUCUUGCGCUUUAAAGUAGAUGCCGAUGAAUGGGAUAGCAUACUCAAAAGUGACAUAUGGGAAUUGUCGGAUGACCAGAGCAACAUUCUUCCAGCCUUGAGAUUAAGCUACUACUACCUCCCUUCACAUCUGAAGAGAUGCUUUACCUACUGUUCGAUAUUUCCGAAAGAUUAUAAAUUCAAGAAGGAGCAGCUAAUCCAAUUAUGGAUGGCAGAAGAUCUUUUGCAGCAACCAAAAAGAAACAAGAGACUGGAACAAGUGGGAGACGAGUACUUCCAUGAAUUAGUAUCAAGGUCAUUUUUUCAACGAUCAGCAGGUGAGAACUCGUGCUUUAUUGGAGGAUGA